AUGCCUCCAUUGUCCUCUCUAUCACCAUUGGAUGACUGCAAAGUAGUUGCUUGCAACUGGAAAGUCAACAAGCUGCUGACUGAUAGAGGAAGAACUGACUUAAGUCAACAUGUUGGUAUGCUGAUUCCUUCACCCAUCGUUCAAGGCACAGGGAAUGAUGCUUCUUCACCAAGUGGUGACAAUAUCGAACCCAGUAAUGGGAAUGGUUCUUUCUUUCAAACUCCUGCCAUCAGUCCUGUUCCUUUCGAUACUAGGAAUGAGAAUAAAUUGUGUGAAGACCAGCAAGUAUUGAAAGAAAUCAUUACCGAAAAAAUAAUUAAUUUCUCUGCACUGUUAAAUGAGUCAAGUGCUUUCAUGUCUAUAGAAGGAACUUUAAGCUUGUACCUCAGUCAAGAAGGUGUAUUCGAGGAUAUUAAACAGUAUGUGAGCAAUCUGCCCACUAAUGGUGAGUACUUGGAAAACAUCACUCAAGGUACCUGGUGGCAGGGUAAUGUGCAAAUAGGGGAUUUAAGUACAUUACCUAUCUAUGUAUAUAAUGAUGACAUCGAGUGUGGCAAUGUUUUGGGGAGUCAUGCAGGGGUGAAUAAACUUAAUGUUACUUAUGUAUCAGUUGCUUGUCUCCCACCCAAUAAAAGGUCGCGGCUUGAUCACAUUUUUCCAGUUCUUAUAACGAAAGCUUCAAACAGAAAAUUUUUUGGGAAUGCCCUUACUUUCAAACCAGUCAUUGAUGAACUAGAUGAACUCCUUAAGAAGGGAAUAACAGUUAAAAUUUCAGGAAAUGAAGAAAAGAUUAGUCUUAGGCUUCCACUUCUUCUAGGAGACAAUCUAGGUCUCAAUACUAUUUGCGGUUUCACAGAGAACUUUUCUACCAGCAAGCAUUAUUGCCGUAUCUGUCGAGCAUCAAAUUUACAAAUGAGGAAAAUGGUAGUUGAGAACUCCUUUGUACUGCGAACUGAGGAAAAUUAUGAAGCGGAUGUUUUGAAGCGAAACAUGAAAACUACAGGUAUUAAAGAGCGAUGUGCCUGGAAUAAAAUUGACGGGUUCAAUAUUGUAAAUAAUGGCUCGAUUGAUGUGACGCAUGAUUUAUUGGAGCAAGGCGUUGUAAAGUAUGUUUUAGUUUUCAUUCUGCGAGUUAUGAUUUAUAAGUUUCAUUAUUUCACACUAAACAAUCUAAAUUCCAUCAUAUCCAGUUUUAAUUUUGGUGUCGACAUGCCAAACAAACCUCCCCCCCUAGGUCCAAAACAUUUGAAAGAAAAUAAACUACGAUUAUCUGCUUCGGAAUGUCUGUGCUUUCUGAAAUAUUUAGGUUUGCUCGUGGGAUCAUAUGUGCCCAGGACGUCUAAAGUCUGGAAAUUGUACUUUCUUCUUAGGAACAUUACCGAUGUUCUUCUCAGUCCUGUGAUCCCCAAAAAUGUCCCUCCACUCCUGAAGAAAUUAAUAAUUCAGCAUCAUACACUUUACCAACAACUAUCUAAGAAAAAUCUCACAGCUAAAUUUCAUAAUCUAAUUCACUAUCCUCGGUUCAUUGAAAUGUUUGGACCACCUGUACACUAUUCAACCAUAAGAUGGGAAAGCAAACAUCGCUUUGCCAAAGGCGUUGCUAAUUCAGUGGCAACACGCAAAAAUUUGCCCAUAACAGUUGCUAAAAAGUGUCAAUUAAAAGUGUGCCAUGAUGCAUUUGCUAACAGGUUUGCUAAACCUGUUGUAGAGUGGGGGAAGCUAGAAAGCAAUUGGAAUCACAGCAAUUUUGUUGAAAAUUCAGCUUGUUUCAUUAAUUCUGGUUCCUUACCUCAAAAUCUUCAAGAUAAGCAUACGCUGAGUACAACGUGGGCAGAAAUUGAUGGAACAAAAUAUGAUAUCGGGGGAACUCUUCUCUUUGAUGUAGACCCCAUGGACAGAACUCCAAUGUUUGGCCGCAUAGAAAAAAUUCUUGUCGAUAGAGUUCAAGAAGUUCAUUUUUUAUUGAGAAAUUAUCAAACUUUGAAUUUCAAUCGACACUAUUAUGCUUUUGAAACUCAAAUUCUUGACACUUUCUCUAUCCGCAAAAGUAGUGCACUGGCAGACUAUCACCCUCAUACCCUUGUCAUCCUUCCCAGUGGCUCCUUUGUCUCUUUGUCCCACUUUCAUACUAGGUUUGAUCCCAACUUCUUCAAGGACUGA